AUGAAAGUGCACUUACUAGUGAGGUUACACUACCCAGACUACAGUGAGGUUACACUACUAGACUACAGUGAGGUUACACUACUAGACUACAGUGAGGUUACACUACUAGACUACAGUGAGGUUACACUACUAGACUACAGUGAGGUUACACUACUAGACUACAGUGAGGUUACACUACUAGACUACAGUGAGGUUACACUACUAGACUACAGUGGGGUUACACUACUAGACUACAGUGAGGUUACACUACUAGGCUACAGUGAGGUUACACUACUAGACUACAGUGAGGUUACACUACUAGACUACAGUGAGGUUACACUACUAGACUACAGUGAGGUUACACUACUAGACUACAGUGAGGUUACACUACUAGACUACAGUGAGGUUACACUACUAGACUACAGUGAGGUUACACUACUAGACUACAGUGGGGUUACACUACUAGACUACAGUGAGGUUACACUACUAGACUACAGUGAGGUUACACUACUAGACUACAGUGAGGUUACACUACUAGACUACAGUGGGGUUACACUACUAGACUACAGUGAGGUUACACUACUAGACUACAGUGAGGUUACACUACUAGACUACAGUGAGGUUACACUACUAGACUACAGUAAGCUUGGGGAUGAAAGCACUUAUCUGACCAGAGCAAAGCUGUGGUGUGUGUCUGUAGGAGGGUUAGGGUUAUGGAGGGAGAGCUUUAGAUUGAGGGAGAGCUGUAGAACAGAGGGAGAGCUGUAG